ACAGAGACACAUCUCAGAGAGUCAUGACGGCCGUCACUUUGAAGCGUUUUCUUCUGGCCCUGCUGACCAUCACCCUAUCCAGACCCGACUCUGCUUCGAUCGGCGUCGCUGAGGAGUUUGAAAGCCGAGAUGAUGUACUUGAAAGCGAGUUCAUGUAUGCCGGUCGAUCCAAACGCUCCCCGGACCCUCCCAGCGCCUCUGACGUGGACAAAUGCUCCUACACCUUCAUCGUGCCUCAGCGGAAGACCACAGGUGCGAUCUGUGUGAACUCGAAAGAGCCCGAAGCCCUGCUGGAGAACCGCGUGAACAAGCAGGAGCUGGAGCUGCUGAACGGAGAGCUUCACAAGCAGCGGCGUCAGAUCGAGACACUACAGCAGCUGGUGGAGGUGGACGGUGGCGUGGUGAACGAAGUCAAGCUCCUUCGCAAGGAGUCGCGCAACAUGAACGCCCGAGUGACGCAGCUCUACAUGCAGCUGCUGCACGAGAUCAUACGCAAGAGAGACAACGCGCUGGAGCUUUCUCAGCUGGAGAACCGUGUGCUGAAUCACACGUCAGAGAUGCAGCAUCUAACCGCACGCUAUCGGGAUCUGGAGCACAAAUACCAGAACUUGGCAUCGCUUGCGGGAAACCAGAGCGCGCUCAUCGCGCAGCUGGAAGAGCAGUGCAGAAGAGGAGGUGUUGGAGCUGGUGUUGUACGACAAGCACGACCGUACCAGCCUCCUGUAAUCCCAGCACAGACGCCUCAACAUCGACAACCACCUCCACCUCCGGUCCACCAUUCCCCCGCCAGGCCUUUCCACCCGCCGACCUACACACGCAACAACCUCCAGAUCACCAAUGAAAUCCAGAGUGACCAAAACGCCAAAGCAAUGCCACCAAGUUUACCAACCAUAGCCUCUGAAACACACAGCUCCUCAACAGAUAAACCCUCAGGACCGUUCAAAGACUGCUUACAUGCUCUAGAAGACGGACACACCAACAGCAACAUGUAUCUACUGAAGCCGGAAAACACCAACAAACUGAUGCAGGUCUGGUGCGACCAGAGACACGACCCCGGCGGCUGGACCGUCAUUCAAAGACGCAUGGACGGAUCGGUCAACUUCUUCCGAAACUGGGAGACAUAUAAGCAAGGAUUUGGGAACAUCGAUGGUGAAUACUGGCUUGGUUUGGAGAACAUCUAUUGGCUGACCAACCAAGGCAACUAUAAGCUGCUGGUGACACUCGAGGACUGGUCAGGCAGAAAGACGUUCGCAGAAUACGCCAGUUUCCGGUUGGAGCCAGAGGCGGACUUCUACAAGCUGAAGGUGGGCCGUUACCAUGGAAACGCCGGAGAUUCGCUCACCUGGCACAACGGGAAACAGUUCACCACCUUAGACCGAGAUCAUGACGCGUACGCAGGAAAUUGUGCCCACUAUCAGAAGGGUGGUUGGUGGUACAACGCCUGCGCCCACUCCAACCUGAAUGGCGUGUGGUACCGCGGUGGGCAUUACCGCAGCCGCUACCAGGAUGGAGUUUACUGGGCCGAGUUCCGCGGUGGCUCGUAUUCCUUGAAGAAGGUCACUAUGAUGAUCCGGCCAAAUCCCAACACUUUCCAUUAGAAACAUCACGUGAAGGAAAAUGCUAAAUCUAACAUGCCGUAACUCAAAAGACGUUGUAAAUAGUGCAUUGUUAAUGUUAUUUUUGUAUUGAUCGUUAUGAGGCUUAUGAAUUCUUAAUAUGCAGUCAUACAUAUCCAAAAUCCAAAAAUAUGACUUCAUGAAGGAGACACGACUUUUUGGGUUUCCUGGAGACAGAGGUCCCAAUGGUGUCCAGGCUCUGUGGACAAUAAAGAGCAAGUGAAAAGCUAGUAAAACUUUACAAUCUUCAGUCAGACGAACCUGGCAACGUGACCUGAAGCUGGACAGCAUCGUGUGCGUCAUUACAAGUGCGCUUAAAAUGGGGGUAUAUGUUUACCUGAUCUUAACAGGCACCUAACCUCAUUCUCACUGUAAGAAGUCUAACCUUGAAGAAAAGAACUGUUAGUUUGAGUUUACAUUAGUGCUGUAAAACACAAUAUGUUGUGUACUAACCGAGGAAUUUAAACAGUUCAAAUUAUUCAGUUCUCAUACCAUUUUAUCCAUUUAUAGCAUUGAAUUUCAAAAAAGGGUACGUUGCAAUUGUGCCCUGUGAAGUGGACUACACAGGAUUUUUGGACGUCUAAAGGGGAUUUUAUAUGCAAAAAAAAAUCAACA